AUGGCCUGUGACAAGCGACCGCGCGGCGCCGCGUCGGGCGGGCUCAUCCCGGCCAUGGCGCUCGAGAUCGUCCACUACAUGGACGACCCAGAGGAUGUCAUCCGCUUCCUCUCUGCGCUGCCACCGUGUGUGCGCGGCGAGGCUCUCUCGGCGCUCGCUGCGCUCCUCGCGCACGGCCACCACAGCGCGCUCUGGCCUGUCUUGCACCUCGACGACCUCGACGGAGUCUGCAUGGCGACGCUCACGCGCGCGCUCCCGGCCUUCCACACGAUCUACCUCUUUGAAGGCGCGCGGUGGGCACUCUGCCAUACGACGAUGUUGCCGCCGACGACGCGCGUCUAUGCGUGGCUCGACGAUGCCUACCGCGCCAGCGAUAACGUGUGCAACUGGGCCCGCAACGUCGUGGCCUUGAGCAUCGAGACGCCCGAGUUUCUUCGGGAUCCGAAUCUGCUCGGGCGCGCGCUCACCGCCUGCACGAGCCUUCGCGCAUUGACGCUGCAGUGGCAAAACGUCGAUCAGACACUGCUCGACCAGACCUUGGCCAUGGUCGUCACGACGCGUCCGGAGCUCCAAAGGCUGCACCUCAAGACAGAAAAUACGCCGCUGCUCGAAAAUGCCGCGAGUUUGGUGCGCUGGCUGCGUCUUCCCAAUGCAACGACGUUCAAGCUCACGCGCCUCGACUUGGUCGGUGCCGCCGCCGCGACGCUGGCGGCAGCGCUGCUAGCAUCCUCGACACUGACAACGAUCAAGCUCGAGCAUGCACCAUGCCUCGCGCGGCUUCUCCUUGACCCGGCGCUGCCACCGCUACCGCGCCAAUUGCACAAGCUUACACUGCGGUACCGAGGUCUCUCGGCAAACGUAUCGGCUGUCGCGGCCAAGGUCGCCACGUCCCGUCUCACGAGCCUCGCGUUGAGUGCAUUUGUGCCGUGCAACUUUAUGGCGAUCGUCGCCGCCUUGCCACACGUGCAUGCGAUCACGAAGGUCAAGCUCACGGGCGCCGACCUCGUUGCAUUUCCGUUGCUACCGCAGCUGCGCCGCCUCGCACUGCACAAGUGUGUGCUUUCCGCGGCAGCGGCGCAGGACCUAGCGACUCUCUUGACGUCGUCGACGCGGCUUGAAACGCUGGACCUCUCGGAGUCGCUCUUGCCAGAUGCGCACGCACGGUGCUUGCUGCGUGCGGUCCCGCGCUGGUGUAGCCAACGUGGCCCGUUCCGACUUUUGCGACUCUGCCACACAGCACUCUCCGAUGAGAGCGCGGCGGUGCUGGCGACGGCGCUGGCGACGACGCGCAACACGAGUGCCGUGUGGAUCGACGUCAGCGGCAAUGUGCUAUCGGCGGCAUCGUGCUGCGGGUUGUUGACGGCGCUGAGUGCGACGACGCGGAUGACGCUCAUGCUCUACAACGCCGGCCCGUCGAUCGAAGACUUGGCGGCCCACGCGCAGACUCAUGGCGUUAAGAGCGCCAGGGCCUUGACGUUUACAUCACCACCGCCCGAGGAGAACCCGUGGACAACAUAGUCGUUGGUUUUGAAUUGUAGAGUAGUCUUAACCUAUACAGCUCGGCAAGUAACAUCGCGUUCGUGCUCG